UUCCUUGUUUCAACGGCUCCACCGUUUUAGGUCAUCGGCUGCUCUAAAACCCUUCUCUUUCUCUCUCUUCCGCCUCUCUCCAGUCUCGACUUGUCGAGAGAGAGAGAGAGCGAGCGAGGGAGAGGGAGAAGGAUCUGAAUCACCAACUAUGGCCGCUCCGGACGCUCCUCUUUGCUACGUCGGAGUCGCUAGAAAAUCCGCUGCCUUUCGUCUCAUGAAACAAAUGGGUUGGGAAGAAGGCGAAGGGCUUGGGAAAGACAAGCAAGGGAUCAAAGGACAUGUUAGGGUUAAGAACAAACAGGACACUACCGGAGUUGGUUUAGAAAAGCCAAACAAUUGGGCAUUUGAUACUUCACAAUUUGACAGUAUCCUCAAAAGAUUGAAAGUGCAAGCAGCAGAAAUUAACAGCGAUGAAGCUGUUGAAAAGGAUGAUAAUCAAGAAGGCACAGAUGCCAAUGUAUCUAAUGACAAGCAUGAUACAGGUGUCAAGGUUACACGGCCACAAGGAAGAUAUAAGAAAAGAGAAAGGGGGAAGCUUGUCCAUGCUUACUCUUCGAAGGAUCUUGAAGGAAUUCUUGUCAAAAAGGAGGAGUCUCCUCAGAUGGAUCAUAAUCAGGACAUAUCAGAAUCGCUGGACGCAUUUGAAAGUUAUGUCAAUAUUGAAGGAAAAGAAGAUAAAGGUGUUUCAUCAGAGUGGUGGGGUCAUAAACACGGAUUUGUGCCUGGUGGUCUUCUUGGAGCCGAGUCUAGGAGGAAAAACCCCCUCCUGGCUGAAGAUACUCAGAGAUGUAGUGAGAGGACUGCAUUUCAUGAGGAGGAUCAAGAGAAUCUUUACAAACUUGUACAAGAUAAGGCAACAUCUGGAAAACAGGGUCUGGGAAUCAAGGACAGGCCAAGGAAAAUAGCUGGCUGCCACUUUCAGGGGAAGAAGACAUCUUUCUAUGACACUGACGGUGAGGAUUCUUCUGAUUCUCGUUCCACAGUCAACAUAAAACCUAGUGAAGCCCUGGAAGUGGAAAAGAAUGAUGAACCACAGGUGAAACUGAAAAAACUUUGCAGACAGCUUCUUCGUCAGGUAUCUGGGAAAUCACUAAAGCUGAGGCAGCUCAAAGUUCUCAUUGAUGAGCACUCAUCAUCUUUUUUCUCCAACUUCUCUUCAAAAAGAGACGCUCUUGAUUUCUUGAAACGGAAGCUUGAAGGCAGUGAUAAAUUCUAUGUAGAGGGAAAAAGAGUCCGUCUCUCAUGAAGAGAGGCUGAUAAAUUUUGCUUGGAAUUUGAGUAUAUUUGUAACGAUAUGUACAUUGCAGCCGAGACUAGGUUAGUGAUGUAUGAAUCUUUCUCAUAAUCCUGCUUUUGUAAUUGCAGGCUAGGUUGCAAAUAGUCAUUUUUCUUAAUGGUGCAUGUGUUUUGACUGAAUCAAAAUUCCAGGAACAGGUAGUUUUUUUGGUUGAAGGUUUUAUGGUUCACUACAAUAACAAUUUUGUCUGCGUAUCUAGCUAUUUAUUGAAGUGAUGCUUGAUUUCAGAUGAACAUUGUGGAAGAUGUAAUGAGAUCUUAACUUUGUCUUGGGCUUCCAUUUUUAUAUAAUGCUGUAGCAUUCUGAAAACAAUGUUUUCUUGAUUUAAAUAGUUUAUAUGAAUUUGACUUUUGAGGCUGGG